AUGGAACCCCGCUUCAUGGAACUCCGCUUCAUAGAACUCCGCUUCAUGGAACUCCGCUUCAUGGAACUCCGCUUCAUGGAACUCCGCUUCAUGGAACUCCGCUUCAUGGCAUUGCUUUUUAUCACCGCUUCACGAUACCACUCAUGCCUGUCUCAGACUGCCCUGCUUCUCUGUCACUACUUCAUGUCCCGCGCGAGGCGGCCCCACUUUGACGACCGCGCUGCGAGUGUUACGUCAUUUGUGGAGGGCGUUAUCCACUCGAUUUACCCCUUGCUUGUUGUUGCAGACGGCAAGUACCACAUGCUGCCGACGGGCGAGCUGCUGGUGCUCAACAUCUCGGAGCAGGACGCCCGGCAUGCCUUCCGCUGCCGCACCCACCACCGCCUCACGCAGCGCAACGUGCCCAGCGCCAACGCGGGCCGCAUCCAGCUCACAGACGCCCGGCGGCCCGUGGCGCCCAUCCUGCACGAGACGACGUCCACCGUGUCGGCGCGCGUCGAGGAGAGCGUCGUGGUGCCGUGCGUGGCGCACGCCAACCCGCCGCCCGUCUACAGGUGGUGGCGGCAGGGCCAGGAGAACGCCGUGGACGCGCUGGACCGCUUCUCCGUCAAGGACGGCACGCUCACCAUCCCGUCGGUGCGCGAGGCCGACGCGGGCGUCUACUACUGCAACGCCAGCAACAGCGAGGGCAGCGAGGCGAGUACAAACGCGUGGAUUCUUGCAGUGGCUUGGCGACGCCGUCAAAGCCGUGAACCCGUAAUGGCCCCAGUCUGGAAGCUGUUCUCCAAGGGGCGCGAGAGAGACAGGGCGAGUGAACAGCGUCCUCGCUGCAGGCUCAACUUCGAAACACCCGUGCUGGAGCUGGCGCUGCAGGUGUGGGCGCCGCUGUCGGUGCACGUGCUGCCGCCGCGGCAGACGGUGGACGUGGGCAAGAGCGCGGACUUGGUGUGCCAGGCGGCGGGCUUCCCCCGCCAGCAGGUGCGCUGGCUCAAGGACGGGCGGCCGCUGCGCGGCAAGGAGGACCGCGGCAUGUACCAGUGCGUCGUGCGCAACGACCACGACAUGGCCCAGGGCAUCGCGGAGCUCCGGCUGGGCGACGCCGCCCCCACGCUGCAGUACAAGUUCAUCGAGCAGACCAUGCAGCCCGGCCCCAGCGUGUCCCUCAAGUGCUCCGCGUCGGGCAACCCCACGCCCCACAUGUCCUGGAAGCUGGACGGGUUCCCGCUGCCGCCCAACGAGAGGGUGAUGAUCGGCCAGUACGUGACGCUGUACGGCGACGUGGUGAGCCACGUCAACAUCAGCAACGUCAAGGCCGAGGACGGCGGCGAGUACGACUGCGAGGCCGAGAACCGGGCGGGCGUCGCCAAGCACCAGGCCCGCCUCAACAUCUACGGCUCCCCCUUUGUGCGGCCCAUGCCCGACAUUGUCGCCGUGGCGGGGAAGAGCCUCCACAUCAAGUGCCCCGUGGCGGGCUACCCCAUCGAGAGCGUCAGCUGGGAGAAAGACGGCGUGGUGCUGCCCAGCAUCAUGCGCCAGCGCGUGUCCGCCAACACGCUGACCAUCGAGAACGUGCAGCACGCCAGCGACCAGGGCACGUACACGUGCACGGCGCGCGCCAAGCACAGCCACGCCUCCAAGCGCAGCGUCCUCGUGCGCGUGCUGGUGCCACCCAAAGUCACCCCGAUCACAUUCCCGCGCGACCUUAACGUAGGCGACCGCACCAGCGUCCAGUGCGUGGUGACGAGCGGGGACCUGCCCCUGUCCUUCGCCUGGCUCAAAGACGGUGCGCUCGUGGACGGCCAGGGCCUCGGCCUCGGCGGCCUGGCCGACGUCUCGGUGCGACAGAGCGACGACUUCAGCAGCGCGCUCAGCAUAGGCACCAUCGGCACGGAGCACAGCGGCAACUACACGUGUAGGGUGUCCAACCAGGCCUCCACCGUCACAUUCACGGCCGCUCUGCAGGUCAACGUCCCGCCCCGCAUCGCGCCCUUUUACUUUGAGGAGGGGCUGGCCGAGGGCAUGCGGACGCAGGUCAUGUGCACGGCGUCGCAGGGUGACCCCCCCGUCUCGCUGUCCUGGGUCAAAGACAACAAGCCCCUGGACGCGUCCUCCGGCGUCUCGACCGGCAUCCAGGUCAAAGACUUUGCGGCCUACUCGAGCGUGCUUACCAUUCACAGUGUGGCGGCCAGCCACAGCGGCAACUACUCGUGCGUCGUGGCCAACAGCGCGGGCCGCGCCGAGUACACCGCCACACUGUCGGUCACGGUGCCGCCGCGCUGGGUGCUGGAGCCCGCCGAGCAGAGCGUCGUGCUGGGGAAGGCCGCCACACUGCAGUGCCAGGCGGACGGCUUCCCCAAGCCCACCAUCACGUGGAAGCAGGCCAUCGGCACGCAGCCGCAGGAGUUCCGCGACCUGGGCUUCGAGUUCCAGCAGCUGGAGGAAGGGUCCCUGUUCCUGCCCGAGGCCGGCUCGCAGCACAAGGGCCACUACCUGUGCCAGGCCUCCAACGGCAUCGGCCCCGCGCUCAGCAAGCUCGUCAAGCUCAACGUGCUGGCGGGGCCGCGCAUCCGCGCCAGGCCGCGCACGCCGGGCGCGGCGGGCCCCGGCAACGGCGUGCAGUCCGAGCUCAUCGUGGAGGAGACGGAGCUCCGCGACCGCGGCGAGUACCAGUGCAUCGCCACCAACGCCUACGGCCAGGACAGCCUGGGGGUGCAGCUGCUGGUCCAAGAGCUGCCCGACUUUCCACGGAACCUGCGCGUCUCGGAGCAGACGGGCCGCUCCGUCACCCUGUCCUGGAGCCCCGCGCCCAGCGCCUCGGACUCCACCGUCGUGUCCUACAUCGUGCAGUACAAGGAGGCGCGAGACGUCUGGCACGAGCACAAUCAGCAGAAAGUGCUGGAGGGCGCCGAGACGUCCACGCUGAUCGCCGGACUGCGGCCCGCCACGGCCUACCACUUCCGGAUCUUCGCGCAGAACCAGCUGGGCACCUCGGCCGCGUCCGACGUGCUGCACGCCGUGACGGACAGCGAGGUGCCCGCCGGGCCGCCACUGCAGGUGUCCGUGGAGGCGGCCUCGUCGACGCAGCUCCGGAUCACGUGGCAGCCGCCGGACCGCACACUGUGGAACGGCGACAUCCUGGGCUACGUCAUCGGCUUCAGGCACCUCGGGUCGGCGGAGGAGUCCUUCAACUACACGCGGGUGUCCAUGACGGGCGACGUGUCUGGCGACUUCCGGCUCUCGGGCCUGGACAAGUUCACCCAGUACCAGGUCGUGGUGCAGGCGUUCAACACGCGGGGCGAGGGCCCCCAGUCGCCGGUCGUCAUCGCCCAGACCCUGGAGGACGCGCCCGGCGGCCCGCCGCGCGACGUGCAGUGCUCGGCGCUCACGGCGCACAACUUGCAAGUGGGGUGGACGCCGCCGUCGCCGCACCUGGCGCACGGCGUCAUCCAGGGCUACCGACUCAUCUACGAGCCCGCCGACGACGACGGCGUCUCGGAGGCCACGUCGCGCGAGAGCAAGGCCAUGACCUCCACCAACACGGUGCUGCACGGCCUCGUCCCCGCCGCCAACUACUCCGUGCAGGUGCUGGCCUUCACCAGGGCGGGCGACGGCGUGCCCAGCAAGCCCAUCGUGUGCAGCACGGAAGAGGCCGCCCCGGACGCCCCCGAGCGCAUCAAGGCGGUGGUGCGGUCGCCCAGCGCCGUGGUGGUGAGCUGGACCGCGCCGCGCCGCGCCAACGGCCGCCUGCUCAAGUACACGGUGCACGUGCGCCAGGUCGGCGACCGCGCGCCCGUCGUCAAGGGCACCGUCCUGGCCUCGCAGCAGCACUACGACGUGGUGGACCUCAGCCACGACCACACGUACGAGGCCUGGGUCACGGCCUCCACCAAGGUGGGGCCGGGCCGCCAGUCGCGCACCGUGCCGCUCUCCCCCAGCACCAGCAACAGCGUGCCCGCCGCCAUCGUGUCGUGGGGCCGCAGCCUGGUGCUGCCACACCGCACCAACGUGACGCUGGCCUGCAUCGUGGUGGGCCAGCCCGCGCCCGCCGUCGAGUGGCGGCACGGCGACGUCCGCCUGGAGCAGCAGCAGCAGCAGCAGCAGCAGCAGGGGGAGCACCACCUGGUGCUGAGCAACCUGCAGCGCAACGUGGAGGGCAACUACUCGUGCCACGCCAGCAACCCGGCGGGCAGUGACGUCAUCGUGUACUCGCUGCAGGUGCAAGUGCCGCCGACGGCGCCGCUGCUGCUGACGACGACCACGACGGUGGACUCGGUGCAGCUGCAGUGGAAGCAGGGCGACAACGGCGGCGCGGCGGUGCGGGGCUUCGUGCUGGCGUUCCGCCGCGAGCUGGGCGAGUGGGAGGAGGCGUCGCUGGACCGGCGCGCCUCCACGCACCUGCUGGCCGGCCUGCACUGCGGCACGCGCUACCAGUUCACGCUCACCGCCUUCAACAAGAUCGGCAGCGGCGCCGCGUCCGCGCUCCGCACCGCCACCACCAAGGGCGGCAAGCCCGGCGCCGCCGCGCCGCAGCAGUUCCUCAACGUGAACGCCACCGCCGCCACGCUUCACCUCCCCGCCUGGCAGGACAACGAGUGCCCCAUCCUGUACUUCGUGGUGGAGUACCAGCGCGACGCGGACGCCUGGCUGCUCGUGUCCAACAACGCCCUGCCCACGCAGCGGCUGUCCAUCGCGCCGCUGGUGUCGCGGUCGCGGUACACGGUGCGCGUCACGGCGCACAACAACGCGGGAUCCACGGUGCACUUGUACAACUUCACCACGCCGGCGGCCCUCGGCGCGGACGGCGACAUGGACUCGGCCGUCUCGGACGCGGGGCUGUCCUCGACGCCGUUCUACCUGGACGCGGCCGUGGUGGCCCCCACCGUGGUCUCCGUGGUGGCGCUGGUGCUGGCCGUCGUGCUGGCCUGCUUCUGCUUCCGCAGGAAUUUCGAGAACCGGGCUGCCGCCAUGGUGUCGCUGGACAACAAGCAGAACAUGAGCAUGGAGCACCGCGACCAGUACUACACGUCCGUCCGCAAGCCGCUGCAGUCGCCGUGCAGGGACAUCAACGCGUUGGAGAGGAUACCAGAGUACUCGGAGGACAUCUACCCGUACGCGACGUUCCACCUCCCGGAGCACGAGAACAUGGGGGGCAACCCGCAGCGCCGGGGGACGUUCCUUGGGUACCACGACGCCAUCGCGCUGGAGCACGGCCUGGGGCAGGGCCUGGGGCAGGGCCUCGGCCUGGACCUGGAGGAGGACCACUACCAGCACAUCCGGCCCCUCGGCGGCCACCCCGGCGGCCGCGCCCGGUCGCGGUCCCGGUCGCGGUCCAGGGCCAACAGCCGAGGGGCGGGGAAGCGCUCCGAAUCGGACGAGACGGAGUCUGGGUCGGACAGCGAGCACGGCCUGCAAGGCUCGCUGCGCCCGUCCCACAAGCACCGCGGCAGCGGCAGUGGCAGCAGCAAGGCGGACAAGGACGGCCGCAGCUCCUCCAGCUCCUCCAGCGGGCAGCGCGCGCUGCAGCCCAGGGACUCCAGGGACCAGCGGCGCAGCAGCGGCAGGCUCUCGUCCGCCACCUCCAGGCCCUCGCCUCAACACAGCUUCCACUAUCGAGGCCAAAAGUUAAGUACAUCAGCCGAGCCGGCGCAAACUAUUGAACGGCUGACGCUUCCGUCGCGGAGACACAGGCGUCGGGAAGGCCGGGACCGCGAGCUGAGCCUGGGCGGCAUCGUGGGCAUGGACCUCCGGAUGCCGUCCAGCGACCUCCACGACCUCACGACCUCAGCGACGCCGAGUGCGACCUGGAGUCCAUGCAGCAGACGCUCCGCCUGGGCGAGCAGCCCCAGCCCCGGGCACUAUGUGGUUGAGGAAGAAUCUGUGAUCAAUAUUUAA